AUGGACGCGGGUGUGUUGGAUUGUGAUCCCACAGAAAUAGACAGGGGGUUGUGCGCUUGUAAAGGCGUGCCAUCACUUGGUAUAUUAAAGGAUGUUCAAAAAGCCUAUGAAGAGAGGAUAGAGCUUAUUAAAAAGGCUGGUGGAUGCAACAAACUUCAGAAAGAGCUGGAGUUGAUGCGUUCGUGGGUGAGAGACUUGGUGGAGCAGAACGGAAUGUUAGCGCGCGCCGUUGAGGAGUUGGAGGCCGAAGUGUCAUCUAGGAUGGUAUUGGAGAAACGGCGGAGUUCAGAGAUCGAAAGCGAGCUUCGUACGGAAGUGUCGGUGCUUCGUCGCCGGUUGGCCCGCAAAGACUCGGACGUGCGCGGGCUACUCGAACUGUUGCGACGUCUGCGCGAUUUCGACCACCGCGACAUCGGCGACAUACGCUUCUACGAGGUCACACAGCACGACAUAUUCGGCUGCACCAUACCUACAGAUUUAGAAUGUGAAGACAAACAAUGCGACAAACGAACGAGCAAAAAGGAUUUUCAACGAAUAAUGACUUUGUAA